AUGGCGACCUCGGCAGCUGUCCCGCGAAACCGCAUGGCCCACUGGGUGCUGCGGGUUACGGAGCUCGAGAAAACGGUCGAAUUUUUCAAAACGGUCUUUGGAAUGGUAACCAUUCGACACGAGGAAAACCCGGCGGCGUGCAAAAUCACCUGCAACGGAAGGUUUGACAGGCCCUGGUCAAAAACGAUGAUGGGAUACCAAGGGCACACUGAGGACAAAUGGUAUCAUUCUUGCUUGGACUACGACUAGAAGUUCUUUCUCUUUGAGUUGUUUACACUUGCAUGACUACGAAAUUCAGAACGAUGUAUAAAAACAGCCUGAAAAAACAAAAACUUUUCUGCGCAGGUAUUGCCUUGAGCUCACGUACAAUUACGGCGUUAGAAAAUACGACGUCGACAAUGGCAUCAGAGCUAUUUCAAUUACCACACCCUCCGACCCAAAAACAGUAAUAGAAACGGCCACGAAACUUGGGUACGCCGAGGGGCCGCCGCAGGACGACGGAGCCCGAACGAUUCUCGGGCCCGAUAACUACCCGUACGUGCCGAUACAAGACACGGCGGAGGGAACAUCACAUAAAUCCGAAGAGCCGUUUGUCGGAGUGACCAUUGUCGUGAACGACUUGGAAGCCUCGAAGAAGUUUUACACGGAGGUACUGGAUAUGGAACCUGUCGAGGAAGCCGCGGAAGGCGCAGCGAAUAAAGUAGUGCUGAAGUACGCGACACUGGAAGGAACAGGAACCUCGGCGUCAUCAAGAGGAAACACGACCUACCUAGUGCUGGAGCAGAAGGCAGCAGAUGCGCCAGGUACUACAUAUGCUUGCACGACGAAGCAUCGUAGCUAUGUUUAUCUACCGAUCGUGAGUAAUUGUAAUAUAUCAGUCGAGAAGGAGAAGAUAUCAGAUUUUUCCAUAUGCCUGUUCAAAAUCAAUUCAUUACAGCCAUCAAACCCAGCGCGCAUUCUGGUAGACUCGCCAUUUCCUGUGGGGACGUCGCUGGGUACUACAAGAAGUUUGCGACGGAUAAAGUUUUGCACGAAAUGCAGAUACUAGACGAGCCGCUGGGGAAACUUGAGAUCGCCAUCGUGCUCGAUCCGGACAACUACGAGAUCUGUUUGGUAACAAGCAGCGUCUUCGACCCCAGCACGAAAGCCGCGGCCAAUUGGGAGGACCCCCCGUGGGAGAAGCGAAGGGAGAUGGGUGGGAAAUGAUGCGGGGAGAUGAAUCUGCAAGGACAAGGUUCGAACAAAUUAUAUAAGUGUCGUCGGAGUAAUAUUACCUUACCACCGGGAAAUUCAUCUUCUAAAUUGUUUAGUGUAAAGAGAAUUACACGCGGUUUAAAGUCGAGCACACAAAGAAAAAUCAAGGCUCUAUGGAUUCUUCCCAAUUGGACCUGAUCUUGAUUCUGAAGUGAAAAGACCCCCGAUGCUUUUCUUGUGUUCCAUGAAGACCGUCAGGAGGGCGCUACAAUUACACUGACGCGCAUGGAAAGCGACGAGACUGAAAUCGUUGCGCCCCUUAUGGCCGCGAAGGGUCUGGGAUUCGGCACUGCGCUCCCAUGGCGCGACAUUGAUGCAGAGCCUGAGGGGGUGCCGGGCGCAAGGCUGCCGCACUUGCUGCGGCCGGCAGCGUGCGCGAC